AUGUCAUUUACAAUGAAUAAAAAUUUUUCUGAAAAUCAUUCUCGUUCUGAUUCUCAAAUAGACGAUAGGAGAUCAGCAAGUUCAUCAAUUCCAUUAUCAAAUUCAUUUGAACGUCGUACAUUAGCUAAGAUAUAUCAACAGAUACCAACAACAAUUCAAACGCUAGCUAGCCUUUGUCAACUGCUCGACGAUUAUCCGUUAUCAGAAAUGAAACUUGAACAAGUUGAACAAGGCACCGUAGACAGUAUUUUAUGGAAUGAAGGUCAUUCGUGUCCGAUUGCAAUAGAUCAAAAUAAUCAUUUAGUAAAAUUUCGACAGUCAAUACGUGAAUAUAUUCAUGAAUUUCUUGAAUUUGCACAACAAAUUCUUAUAUUCUCCAAUGAAAAUAAUGAAAUACAAAAAUCUGUAAACUAUUUAAGUAUGUUAAACGACUACCGAAUCAAACGACAAUCGGCAUAUAAUUAUUUUUCUGAUCAUUAUAAAGUAGAUGGUUCGAUGCUAAUCUUAAAUAAUAUUGAUAGACAGCAAUAUCAUGAACUUCGAUUAAUUGCUUUAAAUUUACGACAAUUCUUUUUAAAACUAAUCACAUUUAUUAGUCCAAAGUUUUCAACUUUAGAAUAA